AUGAGGAGUGGGACAAGCUAUGAGAGUCCUCCUAUGCCCGAGGUGGAAGCUAAGGAAGUGCCGGAAGAAGAGAUAGAAGAAGAGGAGAUAGAGGUGGAGUCACCUAAUAUGCCAUCCGAGGUUCAACCCGAGGCAAUUGAUCUACCUAAGCUAAAGGAAGUCAAAAUUCCUUUCCCUCAAGUGGUGCAAAAGAAGAAGUUAGAUGAGAAGUUUGCAAAAUUCCUUGAGAUCUUCAAGAGGGUGCACCUCAAUAUUCCUCUUAUUGAGGAUCUCCAGCAAAUGCCCGACUAUCUCCAGUUUUUGAAGAAGAUUAUGUCCAAGAAGAAGAAGUUGGUUGAUUAUGAAAUCGUGAGCUUGACCGAGAAUUGUAGUGCAAUCAUCCAACAAAAGAUGCCGGCAAAGAUGAAGGAUCCGGGGAGCUUCAACAUCUCUUGUGUGAUCGGGAAUGAUAGGCAAACCAAGGCCAUAUGUGAUUUGGGGCAAGCAUAA